AUGGAAGAAUCUCUUGAGAUUUAUAAACUACGUCUUGAACACAAGAGGUUUUUUGAGGACGCCGAACAGGAACGCACGAGCAAAGAGAAGUUGAGGGAGGAGUUGGUAACGGAGAUUCAACGUCGUGCCGAUGCAGAGAAAACGAUCAGGGCGCUGAAGGAUGAGAAUAUGAAGCUCAGACUAGAAUUAGAGAGAUCUCAGAGAAUUGAGAGGGGACGGGAGGUUGAAGCAAAGGGUUUGUCCGCGGAAACAUCUUCCAAGAAGAUCGUGGAGACAAGCAACACAAUGGACAUCAUUGAGAUCUUGGACAGCGAAGAUGAUGAGGCAGAAAACACCCCUCCCUGCCAAAUCCUUCAAAAUGUUGUCUUCUUCCAUGCCCCCGAAGAAAUCAGGCUUGUCUGA